GAACUUUGAGAAAUGGACAAGGAACAAGAACUGGAGUGGCUUGAAGCACAGAAGAUUGUAAUAAGCAAGGAUCUUGUGGCUGCAGCCAAACAGCAACUGCAGUUUCUUGCAACUGUUGAUCGUAAUCGCUGCCUCUAUGAAGGCCCUGUUCUUCACCGGGCUAUUUAUAGGUAUAAGACCUACUGGCUUCCCUUUGUUGCAAAAUAUGCUGACUCACAGGCUUUAGAAGGCCAAUUGGUUGUGCCUCUUGAUUGUGAAUGGGUUUGGCACUGUCACAGGCUCAAUCCUAUACAGUACAAAGCAGACUGUGAAAAAUUCAAUGGGAGGAUCCUUGACAACUGCAAUAUUGUAUCCACUAUCCGAGGGACUUGCAAAAAGCAAACCGAAGAAAUCUGGAACAGGCUGUAUCCAGGGGAGCCAUUUGAGCUUGAUAUGAGCAACUGUUUUCCAGAGAACAUUCCAGAAAAAAUUUUGGAAGAUUCAGAAGGCAUAAAAUAUGACUUAGUUUCAGCUGUUAAAAGGCAGAGUCCUUUCUUUUACCAGGUGUCCAGACCUACUAUGCAAAGUGAUAUAUUUCUUGAGAAAGCACUGGCUAGAUACAAAGGGUUUCUACAUCUGAUCAAGAGAAACAGAGAAAGAUCCAUCAGACGAUUCUGUGUUCCAACUUAUGACGUUGACCUUAUGUGGCACUCUCACCAAUUGCAUCCUGUUUCUUACUGUAAAAACAUGAUUGAAGCACUUGGCAAGGUAUUAGAGCAUGAUGACGUGGACUCUGACAGAACCAAAGGGCAGAAAUUGGAUGUAGGAUUUUCUGAAACAACUAAACAGUGGGAAGAGACUUUUGGUUUGAGGUACUGGAGAGCAGGGGCAAUGUACCGAGGAAGUGCUCCACGUGCUCUCACAGUCACUCCAUUCCCAUCAAAUAUUGUUAGCAAGGAGGUAGUUCCACCCAAUUAUUAUCAGGAAGUAGUUCAGAUUCCCAAGGCAAAAUUUGUUGAGGUUUUUCUAGAGAUUGUGGGGCUGAGAAACUUACCUGCUGGGCACAAGGGUAGCUUCUUUGUCUUUUUCAGUAAGAAGCAGCCAGAUAUUUUCUUCAAUGCUAGGAGAAGACUGAAUAUUUCUUCCGAGUCUGGGGAGAAGCAUGUUACUGCUUUUCAGUGCGAACCUACUGGGGAGCUUUUCUUUGAACUUAUGUCCCAUUCAGGUUCCAAAUUACCCAUAUCAAGGACAGCCAAAAUCAUGGGGACGACUUCAAUCUCUCUAGGAGAUCUGCUAGAUCCAGCCUCUGGACUGUCAGUGGAUACAUGGUUUGAGUUGGUGACUAUUUCUGGCACUCACUCCAAGCCAAUCUCUCUGCGUAUUGCUGUCUCUUUGACUGUUCCAGUCACAGCACCUCAUGUGCUUCACAUGGUCCGUUCACGUCCAUUCUCAAUGAGUUCCUGCUUCUUCCCGCUUCCAGGAAGGGUCCAGCAUGCUAAGAGUUGGACAUGUGUUGUGGAUGAAGCUGGGAAUGACAUCAUUGACAUUCAGAUGAGGGAUUCAAGGAAAAUUGAGGCAAUGAACAACUGUUUCUCAAUGAAAGAGUUGAUUGGCAUGGUAGGGUCUGGGGAAUCAUAUGUUUUAGCAGAGUCUGUCGGAACAAAAUGGUCUUUGAUGGAUUCUCGUUGGUCCUUUGAGCUUCAGAGGACAUCCAGUGAAGAUCAUCAUCUAUUUGAGCUUAAAGGCAAUCGCAUGGUGAAAUUAUUCUCUGGUAGAAAGCUGGAAUAUGAAUCCAAGUGCUGCGAGAGGAAGACAAAUGAACGUGACUUCUUGACAGCAGUUGAAUUUUCUCUGGAAGAUCCCUAUGGCAAAGCAGUUGCAAUGAUUAACUUGAAGUCUGGAAUUCUAAAGGUCAAUGAAGAGUGGUUUGUGUUGCCUGGGAUUAUCUUGGCUUUUAUACUUUCUGACAUUUUUAGAAAGGAGGGAUCUGAUGGUUUUCUUGCCUCUAGAGAAAAUAUAAAGGCAGUGGCUGUGUUAUCUGAAGAUGUUGAUGUGUGCAAGGAAGAAGGUAAGAUGGACCAGAAGGCUGGCACAGUAAAUGAAGUGCAGGUUGAGGAGGCUCAGAAAAGUAGUACAGUGGUUCCAGAAAAUGGUGGCGCUUGUGGAGGAUGUGGAAGUGGGUGUGGCGGAUGCAGUGGUGGAAGUGGAAAUCUGACAAAGAGUGGUGGCUGUGGUGGCAGUGGAGGGUGUGGGGGUUGUGGUGGCGGGUGCAAGAAUGUGUUAAAGAAUGGGGGAUGUGGUGGCUGCGGUGGUUGUGGUGGGGGUAGCAGUGAUAAGUUGGAACAGAAGUGAAGCAGUGGUAGCUGUUGGAGCUCGCAUAUACCGAAAUGAGGCUGUGAUGGCUGCUAUUGGGCACCCAUCUGAGUAAACUGAGGCAGUGGCGAUGGCUCAAGUUUAUGUAUAUUGAUAAGUAAAUAAUGUUAAUAAGUUUCU